GGAGCAGAGAGUUCAUCAUGAGAAGGAGCUGUCCCGAAGCCGAAUUCCCCGUUUGAUCCUUCGGCCCCAUCUGCCCCAGCAACAGCACAAAGUGUCCCCAGCCUCGGAGUCCCCCUUCUCUGAGGAAGAGAGCAGAGAGUUCAACCACAGCAGCUCUGGGCGCUCAGCGAGGACCAUUAGCAGCAACAGCUUCUGUUCAGAUGACACAGGCUGUCCUAGUAGCCAGUCAGUGUCUCCUGUGAAGACGCCCUCGGAUGCUGGAAACAGUCCUGUUGACUUUCGCCCUGGAAGUGAUGAAGACUUGACCAGAAAGAAAUGCACAGUUGGAAUGGUUGGUGAGGGAAGCAUCCAGUCAGCUCGCUGUAAGAAGGAACCCAAGUCAGGCCUUGUAAAGCCAGGCAGCGAAGCGGAUUUCAGCUCCUCCAGCAGCACCGGCAGCAUUUCCGCGCCUGAGGUCCACAUGUCGGCCGCGGGGAGCAAGCGGCCCUCUUUUUCACGCAACCGAGGUCCCCACGGGCGGAGUAAUGGAGCUUCAUCGCACAAGUCUGGCAACAGCCCACCGUCCCCACGGGAGAAGGACCUUCUGUCCAUGCUGUGCAGGAAUCAGCUGAGUCCUGUCAGCAUCCAUCCCAGCUAUGUGCCUUCUUCCCCAAGUAGCAGCAACUCUGGCUCCUACAAAGGAAGUGACUGCAGCCCAAUCAUGAGGCGGUCGGGAAGGUACAUGUCCUGCGGUGAAAAUCAUGGGGUGAAGCCCCCAAAUCCAGAGCAGUAUUUGACUCCCCUGCAGCAGAAAGAGGUGACAGUGAGACACCUGAAGACCAAGCUGAAGGAAUCUGAGCGCCGGCUCCACGAGAGGGAAACGGAGAUUGUGGAGCUGAAGGCCCAGCUGGCCCGCAUGCGAGAGGACUGGAUUGAAGAAGAGUGCCACCGCGUGGAGGCCCAGCUGGCCCUCAAGGAAGCCAGGAAGGAGAUUAAGCAGCUCAAACAGGUCAUCGAGACCAUGAGGAGCAGCCUGGCCGACAAAGAUAAAGGCAUUCAGAAGUACUUCGUGGACAUAAACAUUCAGAACAAGAAGCUGGAGUCCCUCCUUCAGAGCAUGGAGAUGGCGCACAGUGGCUCCCUGAGGGAUGACCUGGGUCUGGACUUCCCAUGCGAUUCCCCGAAGAAAAGCUUCCCCCGAGAGACCCCUGUUGGCAAGACGGCAGAUGGGCUGUCUCUGGAAGAGCAGGGCUCCGAGGAAGGGGCCGACAGCGAGCUGCUGGUGGGGGAUAGCCCCGCAGACAGCACAGAUCUGCUGGAUGAGCUGGGGACCACCACCGCCACAGAGGCUGGCGACCUGGAGCUUCUGCAGUUCACCCCCGGGGCCAAGGCCCUGGAGACCCUCCCCACGGGGCUGGAUCUGGAGGAGGCCCGGGUGGCGGUGGAGCGAUCGGUGCAGACCGACGUGGUUCCCUACAGCCCCGCGAUCUCUGAGCUCAUUCAGUACGUGCUCCAGCUCCAGGACCCCGGUCCCUGGAGCCCAGCAUCCCCCGAUGAGUCUGUGGCUGGCUCGACAGAAAGCUUCCCAGAGUCCACCUCUGCGUUAGUGGUUGACUUAACUCCAAGGAAUCCAAAUUCGGCCAUCCUUUUGUCUCCUGUGGAGACCCCACGCGCCACGGUGGGAACUCUGGCUCCUGCAAACCGCUUCAUGAGAGAGCUGGAUUUCGCAGGCCCUGCAGAAGAAAGGCUGGACGGCGCGGCCCCGCCGGUGUGGGGGGCCGUCGGGAGGCAGCACUGGAGCCGCAGCUUCCUGGUGGAUCUCCUGGCCGUGGCUGCGCCCGUGGUCCCCACCGUCCUGUGGGUGUUCAGUACUCAGAGAGGGGGCACGGAUCCCCUGUACAACAUCGGGGCCUUGCUCCGGGGCUGCUGUGUGGUUGCCCUGCACUCGCUGCGCCGCUCGGCCUUUCAGGUCAAGACCUAGGUAGACGUGGUCUGUCCCCAUGUGCCAAGCUGUCCCAUGUGAUGUGGUGCCAGGCAGAGAAACAGCUGGUCGACCUAGGCCGGGCUCUGUUCUGUCGUGUUGCUCCUCGGUAUUUUGCACUAUAUAUUGAGUGGAAGCCUGUUCCCUGUUGAGGACCAGAGGUUAUCUUCGAAGGCAUGGAGACCUCGGUUCGAGUCCCAGCCCCACCAGUGUGGUGUAGAAAGCAUGCUCGUGGCCCCGCGUGUCGUCAGAGGUCCCCGUUCCUACCCCGGUGGUUCAGGAAGAGAA